UUAAAAUUUUUGUUAUGUGUGUAAAAGUAUAAAUCUGAAUCGCUCUGGUUUCACGCCGGUUGGCAGCACAAACCGCUAAACUCUCCCAUUGCAAUUGAACACCUUGCUCUUCCCAACUUAAACCAACACAACACAUCUAUUCGCUUCUACGCUUAUUUUUCUUCUUCCCUCUUUAUCAAACCAUGACUUUCUUAAUUGAACCGGCCUCUUCUUCUUCUUCUCCAUUCCCAAUCCACACAUAUAAGUAUACCACUGAGCUUGCAUGCAAAUAUUCUUAGCUUUCUAAUUAUCCCAACAACAACCAAAAACACUUUUGAUUAUUUUUCUCUUCCUGAUUUUUAUUGCAGAUAAUAACAACACCCUUAUAGUAACUCCUUGUGAGCUCAUCCUCACUCACUCAUCCUGAGGUGAUUUGAAUUCCGGGGUCUGUUUGGGUGUUUUGUUUGUUUCCCCUGAAAACCCGUUUUGAAACCGGUGUUUGCUCUUGUUUUUACUACUCUAGUCAAGCACAAUGGCCGGUGCCACAAACUGGCUUACGUUUUCUUUGACGCCAAUGGAAAUAAUGCUGAGGUCCUCCUCCACAGACUCCCAAUUCCUUCAAUACGACACCGCUUCAUCCUCUCACUGUUUCCUCGAUAACUUCUAUGCCAAUAUGUUGACAAACCCCAAGUCUGAGAUGCUGAACCAGAACGAAAUGCAGAGGGUAACUGAAGGUUCGAUUCUCACAAGCUUGAUGGAUGAUUCUUCACCGCCACAGAUUGAAAAUCAGCCCCCAAUGGCGGUGGUGUCGAAACUGGAAGAUUUCUUCGAGAGCCACCAAGGCGAGGUGAUGCAAGGUUCAGGUUCUUCUUCUUCUUCACUCUCUCAAAUCUACGAGCAUGUGCCUCCACCUCCUGGAUUCUUCAACGGCGAGCAGGAUCUGAAGGCGGCGGUUGAUGUUGCUGCUGAGUUUCGAGCCAAGUUGGAUGACUCGGUUGAAAUCCCCAAAAACGACGUCGUACCCGGCGGCGAGUUCGGUGUUAACUCGGCUGAGGGUAAUAAGGACGAAACGCUGUCUGUGGUUGCUGUGAAGAGUUCUGAUGAGAAGGCCGUUGUUGUUGUUGCUGCUGCGGCAGAUUCUGAUGCCUCGAAGAACGUUGUUGCUCACACCUUUGGCCAACGAACUUCAAUUUACAGAGGGGUCACGAGGCACCGAUGGACAGGUAGAUAUGAAGCGCAUCUAUGGGAUAAUAGCUGCAGGCGAGAGGGUCAAGUCAGGAAAGGCCGUCAAGUGUAUUUGGGUGGGUAUGACAAUGAAGAAAAGGCAGCGAGAGCUUAUGACUUAGCAGCUCUCAAGUACUGGGGACCAACAGCUACCACAAACUUUCCUGUUACCAGUUAUACAAAGGAAUUGGAGGAGAUGCAACAUGCAGGAAAGCAAGAAUUUAUUGCAUCACUGCGAAGGAAAAGCAGUGGUUUUUCGAGGGGAGCUUCCAUAUACAGGGGUGUUACAAGGCACCAUCAACAAGGUAGAUGGCAAGCAAGAAUUGGCCGAGUUGCUGGAAACAAAGAUCUAUAUCUGGGAACAUUCGCAACUGAAGAGGAAGCAGCAGAGGCAUAUGACAUUGCAGCUAUUAAGUUUAGAGGUGCAAGUGCUGUGACCAAUUUUGAGAUGAGUAGGUAUGAUGUGGAAACCAUAUUGCAGAAUUCUCUUCCAGUUGGUGGGGCAUCAAAGCGCUUGAAGCUUUCCCAAGAAUCAGAGCAGAAGGCUCCACCUGUGAGUAGCAGUGAACAACCUCACUCCACAAACUUGAGUAUCAGCAGCAUCAAUUUCUCAACAAUUGAUCCAGUUGCCGCUAUGUCGCCACCUUAUGAUCCUUCUUCAGCAUUUUAUCCUCACAACAACCUCUUCUACCAUUUUCAUCCUACCAGCACUGUCAAUGCCACAGCUGAGUCUGCUGCAAAUUUCACCAAUGCACCCACCCCACUGAGUUCUCUGCCACCAGGAUCUGAGUUCUUCAUAUGGCCUAAUCAUCAGUCCCAUUGAAUUAGUAAAUCAACUAGUUACCUUUGCUAAUUUUUUGUUUUGCUAGCUAGUCAGAAGCUUAUCAUUCUGUGGUGCAAUUUAUCUUGCCCCCGCUAAACUUUUAUCAUUUAAGCUCAGAUGAACGAUAGGUAGGAGGUUUUGGCUGGUAAAGUUCGAAUUAAUCUGGAUUAAUUGAGGAAUAUUGAGGGGAGCAUUUUUAGAUUUGAACAGAUUUGCUUGUUAACUUAGCAGUCAUAUAAAUAAACACCUUUUAUUCCCAAGUUGGUUUUGAGACUUUCUUGGUGAAAUAUGUAGAAUUUGCA